AUGUUGAAGAAGGAAGUCCAAAUCGGAACGGAAAUUUCUCUAGUCUGUAACGUUGCUCCUGAAAGGGAAGAAAUCAAAGUAGCGGUUUGCCACAAUUGCACAGUCAACCCAACUUCUGAGGCGAUUAUUCCGGUUAAAUUAUUGAACUAUCGGAAGGAGUUCGGUACGGAGUUCAUGAUUGUGGACAACAAGAAGGAAGCAGAUUUAUGCUAUAGCGAGAUCAGUUGUCUCCACAGAUCAGGAGGGGAAAACGCUGUUACAACUAGUUAA